AUGAGGAAAAGUACCUCCGUGUACACCCUCAGAAGCCACCGCUGCUUCAUCACCUUGCGCGCGGUGAUCCCGAUUCUCAUCUUUAUUUGUUUGUGUGGCGCUGUGGGCACGAUAUUUCUAACCAGCUCCCAUCAAUCGGCGCUCGGAUGGACAAGGGAGCCGACCACUUCAGCACCUAGUGGCGAACUGACCACUACCGAACCGGGUGAGCCGAGGCGGAGCAUGACCCCGACAUCGGCGAUCACGACAUCCGCGCCAGCGACCGCCACCACCGCUGAGCAGACGCCACUACCACCUGAGCAGACAAGUAUGUUUGACGCCCCAGGGACACCGACGCCUGCGGUGUCUGCCGCAUCUGCGCGCGCUACUGGCGCUCAGGAUAGCAGCACACUGAUGGAGGGCGCGAAGACGGAGACGACGAAGCAGAACCUGGCAAUGAAGGGUCUGGACCGGUGGAUGAAGAUGCAACUCCCUGCGGACUGGAUGGAGUGCAUUCGGCAGAACCUGCAACUCGACAAGCACGGGCAGCCGAUGCACGCGGUGACGGAGAUGAAGGACGCUAUCCCGCUGCUGAUCACGCCGCUGACUGGCGACGUAAAGUUCUUCCCGUACUUCGUGUGCUCGAUGGACGUUGCUGUGCGGUACCAUUACGUGAUCCAGAACGAGCGGGACCCGGAUACGACUGCGGUCAUCGACGACUUGCAGCGCCGCUUCGGCAACAGCGGGCGCUUGCUUGUUGUGCGCAACCGGUACAACCGCGGGUACUCCGGGAGUAUGAACCAGGCCUUCGAGUGGGCACUGAAAGAGCGGACAGCGGAGGAGGUGCCGUGGGUGUUUGCUUGCGGCGUGGACGCGAUCUUCGAGCCCGGGCUGCUUGCGAAGAUGAUCGAGGUUGUGCAGCAAAACACCCGCGGCGAUGCUGCGAUGCUAGCCGCGCUGCGCGCGGAGGUGGAGCUAGAGGAGCGGCUUGUGCGCGAGGGUAACUACUCCUACUACGAGCGAUGGGCGCCGCGUGGGCGUCCACUCAAGGUGCUACGGAGUGGCUAUCCAGGCGUGCCGUUGAACGUGCGGACUGCGCCGCUGCUGCCAGACCGCAUUCGGUACACAGUUGCGGAUGAGAACCGCGAGAGCGGGAUCGUCCGCCCUGCGGAGUUGCGCACGCGGUUCUUCGGCAACUACGUGGCGACUGUGACUCCUGUCCCGGAUGCCUUGGGCACCAUUGCGGUGACGCGGCUGGCGCUGUCGGCUGUUGGGUACUUUGACGAGAACUACUUCCCCGCGUAUAUGGACGACAUCGACCUACGAUGGCGGCACUUCGCGUAUGGCUUUGGCGCACUGCAUGGCGAGCGCAACGGCCCCGUGACUCGCUGGCACCACUACAACGCUGCAAACCUUCGCGGCAGCCCAUUUGUGGAUCCGGACCUGGAGAAGUAUGGCACAGAGGACAACUACAGCCGCCGCGCCUUCCUCAGCUAUAUCCGACGCUCUAAGGGCAUAUACGACAAGCUCAAGUACGGUCCGCGUGACAUGGACGGUGUAUGGCGUCAGGCUGCGCAGAAGGCCGAGUUCAAGUACUCGUCCUUCAAUGUGUCCCACUACCCUGCCGACACAUGGGUGCUUGAUGAGGAUGCGCGCGGAUGCAUGUUUCACCACACGUACAACUACAAGACACAGAACUGGAGUAGGCCGAGCGACUGCUCCUACAAUCCGCGGACGCUGGAGGAGAGCGGCAUCCUUGGCGUGGACCAGCUAGCGAGCUACAGGUCAAUGCUUGCGGAGAAAGCGUUUGCUUACCAAUGA